AGAGAGUCCACUGAGGGAAGCCGGGAAGGAGGGGAAGAGUGCAGUGUGGCUGUCAGCAUCAAUCAGUUUGGAGCAGCCAGACCAAGAGGUGGUGGGAGAUGAUCUGUGGUGGAUCCCAGCCUCUCUGCUGAACUUCCAGAGGGCUGACCGGCCAUCAGGCACUGAUCACCUCUUUCUUCAGGGUUUGUGUGAAGCUUUGUGUCUCCUCUGACACUCCAGCAACAUGAGCUCCUCAGCAGCCAAAUGCCUGCCAUCGGAGACAGAGCACAGCCAGCGGGCUUCAGAUGUGGACGCGGGGCAGCAGCUCAAACUGAAAGAGAGGCAGCGCUUCUUCGAGGAGGUCUUCCAGCAUGACGUGGAUGUCUACCUCUCCUCAGCACACCUCACUAUCAGAGAUUACAAGAGACCUCCGAUUGGCAGCAUCUCGUCCAUGGAGGUGAACGUGGACAUGUUGGACCAGAUGGAACUGAUAGACAUCUCUGACCAGGAGGCUUUGGAUGUCUUCUUCAACUCUGGGGGAGAAGAGGGGGUGCUGCCUUCCCCACUGCCAGUGCAAGGAAACAACAACAACAAGGAGGAAGUCAUCAGCAAUGGACUUUUUCGACAUGUCCUUGAGGGUCUGGACACCAAGUCUCGCAUGUCCUCCACUUCCUCAAACUCCUCCUCCCACAGCCAGAGCACCAACGAUAAUGGAGGAGACACUCCUGUUGUCCAGUCAGAUGACGAGGAAACACACAGCAACACAGUCCUGCGGAGAGCCACGCCCCCGGGGAGAGAGAAGGUGAAAAGUCAGUCUUUAUCAUCAUCAUAAGAGGAACACCUCUCCUACCACCACCAACACCCUCCACCCCGCAACUCUGACCCCCAAGAUCUUCAACGCCAGCACAGUAGCAACACCAAGGCAGGGGGAGAAGAGUGGACUUUGGGAUGCGAUCUGCAGAAAGUGGCCUCGCAAACACCAAUGUCUUCCACAUACUGGUUCUUGUCACUGUCACCUCUCUUGACCUUUCCUUUGAAUUAUGACUUGCAGACUCGCGUCUCUGUGUGUUUUCAAGGUGGGGACACUGAAAUGUACAUAAAGAGAAAUCUUACCUGUUUCUGUUCUUGUUUUUGGCAUGUUUUAGAGGACAUGGUCUGUGUCCCUGUUUCCUGCAUUACAGGAGCUGUAACCGUUGCAGCAUUAUAAUUUACUGAAUUUUGUAUGGUAUUAACAUGAAAAGUGGUGAGGGAGCAAUUAUACACACAUUUCAUGCAGUAGGUGCAAGGCUAUCAAAAGCUGUGUCAGUGAAGGAAAAAAACCUGCACUCUUUGCUCCAAGCCACACAAUGUUUCAAACCAAACUGGAUCUUCGCCAGGUAAAAUUUUGCUUGCCUGACUCUAAUAAAAUUUGUGGCUUGGAGCAAAGUGGGCAGGCAUUACUUUUUCCUUCACAGUAACACGCAAAGUAAAAAAAUUACUGGAGUGAAAAUUGGGCAGGGAAUUAAGUAUGACCUUUAGUAAAUAUGGUAAUUCAAAGAUAUCCUAUGGUUACACCUCCUGGCUUUGAAAACAACACAUGGUCCUGCAGAUGCAGUUUCUCACUUUUCUGUGUUUAAUAUCAGCAAACAUUUCUAACAUGGUUUGUUUGUUUUAACAAUAAAGAAAGAGAAAAACGUG